AUGGAAAAAAACAGUAAGGAAGAAGGGAAUUCUGGAAAAUUACAGGAACAAGGAAGGAAGGCAUUUGAAGACAGUAAGGAAGAAGGGAAUUCUGGAAAAUUACAGGAACAAGGAAGGAAGGCAUUUGAAGAUACAACAAGGUCAUCAAAUCAACCAAACAAAAGCCAAAAGAGAGGAGCUGCAACAGAGGAUGAGCAAAAUCAACAAAAGACACAAAUGACAGGCCAACAACAAAGCCAAAAGAAUCAUAGUCAAGGUGAACAAAGGCAGCAAGAAGCGAUACAGGAAGAACAGUGGCAAAUACAAAAGAGGAGGCACCAAAAAAGUCAGGAACAAACCAACUCCAAGGUUGUUUGGAGACCUGUCUCUCCCCCAAGACAGAGAACCAUUGGCAGCCAGCAACAAGAACAGAAAAAUACAGGUAUAUCUAAAUUUCCAACUAAAAAUAUUUUUUCAAACCUAGAAAUGCAGGAACAACAUGAAGUGCAGCAAACAGGGCAGGAGGGAGCCAGGGACACAGUAAUUCAGAAGGAGCAAUUAAAAAAUGGAAAUUCUGCCGACCAAACUGCCAUGAACAGUCUCAACACCUAUAUGACACCAAUUCAGCAGACUAUUACUAACAACAAGAAUAAAAACACACGUAUUGACUUAUCUCUCCCAAACCCAAAACCCCCAGUACUAUUAUUGUUGAUGUUGGUCAUUCUGAAGAAGUUUCUGGAGGUAUGGAUGGGGGUGUCAGGAGAUAGCCACUAA